AUGGCGUCGACUCCGUCUGAUCACGAACUCAUCAGAAACACAAUUGCUGUAGUGGCAAUCGCAUUUGACUUGAAGGAGUUUCAAAAACUCCGCCAACUCUUCACCGCCGAAUGCGUUGCUGACUAUACGGGCUCACUUGGGCUGAUGAAUGGAGUUGAGGAGUUCAUCACCGGCAUUCAGAAAGCGAUAGAAAACAUUGCAACAUUCCAUGGUUUGACGACUCAAACUAUUCAACUCACGGGAGACGGCACAGCGGAAGCUACGACAUAUUGUGCUGCGGGUCAUUUCUUGGGUGAAAAGUCAUUCCUUGCCGAAGCGAGAUACUUUGACAAACUUGUCAAAGUUACCGAAGGGGGCACUUCGAAGUGGUUGAUUGAUUACCGCUUGACCACAAUGAUGGGAGUUCCCCGGGGUGAUGUUUCUAUGUUCAGCAUGGACUUGGAAGAGUGGAACAAUAGCCUGAAGGCAUGA